ACCGAUCCUCCGCUUCCAUUUCUGCCAUGGCCGGCGCUAACGACGACGUUUGGCGCCAACGCUUCGACGACAUGAUGCGCCGGCUGGAGGAGCUCAGCGGCCUGAUCACCGACAUCGACCAGCAGCAACGUACCCAGACCUUGGCCAUCAACCGCUUGGAGAAUGGCGCCCGCGCUCCCUCUUCUCGCUUCGACGACCUGAGCGACGUCGGCGAUCGCAAUGGGGGCCGCUUUGCCCAUCACAACGUCGGCCGCGGCGACCGCUACGGUCGCGGCGGCGAUGGCUUUCAUGGGCAUGGACGUCCGGGCGGCCACCGCUUCGACGGCGAUGGCGAUCGUCCUCCACGCUACCACAAGUUGGACUUUCCCAAGUUCGACGGCCGCGGCGAUCCGCUCCCCUUCCUCAACCGCUGUGAACAAUUCUUCCGGGGCCAACGCACGCCGGAGGACAACAAAGUCUGGCUCGCCUCCUACCAUCUGCUCGACGGCGCGCAACAGUGGUACACUCGCCUUGAACGUGACCAUGAACCGCCUUCGUGGCAUCGCUUCUCGGAGUUGCUCAACAUGCGCUACGGUCCACCUCUGCACUCGACGCCUCUGGGCGAGCUGGCAGCCUGCCGGCGAACGACCACGGUGGAUGACUACGCCGAGCGUUUCCUUGACCUGCUCACGCGCACCGGCUACCUCUCCGAGGAUCAACAGGUACAACUGUUUACGGUUGGCUUGCAGGAACCGAUGAGUUUAGAUGUGCAGAUGCAGCAUCCGACGACGCUAGAAGAGGCCAUGAGUCUUGCUCGUUCGUUCGAACGCCGCGAACUCGCAGCCCGGCCACCCCGCCCGCCACGACACGCCGGCCGCGGCAUACUACCACUUCCUCCGGCGGCCAACCCCCAGGCGCCGGCUCCAGAGCCGGCCACCGCCGCCUAACCGGCAGGCACGCCACCGCGAUC